UUAGUUAGCUUGGCAGCAGCUCUCGUUUAAAAGCAACUGGCCCCGGAUGCCUCAGGCAGCGGCCUCGGCCCGCACUGCGCUUGGGAUGGGUCAGGCUCGUGCUCCCUCCUGAAUCUGCUCGGAGCUGCAAAGCAACACGCUCCCAUCCGUGUGAGCCCAGCGGCCAGGAAGCCGUGCUGGCAGGCUGUGCGCAGGCACCUUUAGUGAGUCUGAUUUACGGGAGCGUUUACUGCCUCGGCAGACUCUAUGCUCUGAAACCGAAUAAGCCUUGUGCAGUGCAGAUGCAGCUCACCACCUGCGCCUGCCUGGCAGCCUGUGCUGUUUAACCCUUCCCCGCUUUCCACAAGGCCACCUGGUUUCCAGCCUAUUCGGGCACUUAACAGCGCCUCAGAAAGCAGCCCGGAUUUGAUCUCUCCUUCCUGACAGGUAAAUCCAGCAGGGGAUACCAGGGCAGCCACCUGGGAACGGUCCUGCGCAAACUGCCGAGAGCGGGGAGUCUGCGGAGAGAGGUGUGAAAAUGGGAAGGAUCGGUCCAGAAAGACAGCAAUGACAAUUCUCAAGUUGGUCAAACUGAGGCUGUUGGAGAGAAGGAUUCUCCUCGAAUCACUUCAAACAAGGACAUCUGCAGCCUAAUCUGCAGGUCAGCUGAGACGUGGCUGACCUCGAGCACCUCAAGGUAGAAGGUCCUUGGCCACCAGGACGUGGAGAGGAGUGUCCCUGCCAGCAGCCCGGGGAGCGCAGCGCUGCCUCCUCCUGGGCCUCUGCCCCGUGGGGCCGAGCAACAUGAGGCUGGAGGCUGUGGGAGGGGAGCACCAAGCAGCCCCACACUGCCCCCGAGAAACCCCUGGGGGCUGGAAAUGACAAGAUGUAUCCACCACCCCACAGGCCAGAGACACGAAGGCCCCCCACCCGCAGCACGGCGGCCCCACAGCACACCCCUACCGCUCUCACACCGGCCCCUCUUCAGUAAGGGCUGCUCCAGGUCUGUGUGAUGUCCUCCUGCCCAGGAACAGCUUCCUUCGGAGAGAGGACUCAGCAUGCGGAGUACGAGGAGCAACAGUAGGUCAUCUGCGGGACAUGGAUGACACCUGAUGGGAAGAGACCUUGGUGGCACCACCCCUGCAGCUGCACAUAGCUUCACGCAGCGGCUGUGAGGGGAAAUCUGCCUUGCAAUUAGAGGCACCGAAGGCAGGAGGCCCCUUCCGGCGGCCAUCAGCUGCCCCCAGCCCCGCCAGCACCAGGCAAGAGCUGCCACCCCUCCCUGGCAGGGCUGAAGGCCGCUGACCAUUUCUCUGCUGGUUAUUAGAUUGUUCACGGCUCUCAGGUUUGUUUGAAUAAGCUCUUUUGUCCUAUAGAGCUUUCCCACGUCCCUUCAUUCGCUAGGCAGUCGCGUGUCCCGAGUCACAGAGGAGCCGGGGCCACAAAUUCCUAAAGAAACUUUUUUCAGAGCAAGACAUCUGCGUUGGAGGGAAUCUGCCAACAUCUGCCACACUUUCCCCAUUUUCAAGAGCCUUUCUUUCCAUCUUAAAAAGUGCAGGAACAGAUGUUAAAAGUUGUUUUCUUUCUACAGGGUGUGAAAUGUAGACAAAUAGCAAAAAAGAAAACUCCAAGCAGCACCGACCCCUUUCUCUUCCCUUUUUUUGGAAAGCUCGGGAAAAAAGGGAGGCUUUGUUUACUAAGGAGAAUCCCCUUUUCAGUGAAACCUGGCAGUGCGCAAUGCAAAAGUAAAGCAGGAAUUUGCAAAAAGCUUCCUUUAACGCUCUGUGCUCAUUUGCAUUUGCCUGUUUGGUCCGUACAAUCCCAAGCACAGAUGUCGUGCUUCCCCCUGAAAGGCAGGGCAGCUCUCCCGCCUGCGCACCCCCUUUGCUUUGAAAAUAAAGGGUUUUGCUCUGAAUGAGAGGUGUAAAAUAACUGUUUACAGCAAAAGCUGCUCUUCUUUUCCAGUGAAAUGCUGUCUUACAAAUGAACCUUGAAAUGAGCUCACCGAGAGCAGAGGCCAGCGGGGCAACGAGGGCCCUGCAAGCAAGGGGCUCCCCAGAGUCUCGGGGCUCAGCUGGGGCUCUGGGGCUGGGCGCUGGGGGCCGCCAAGCUACUCCCCACCAUCCUCAGCACCUCCUCAGCAAACACACACAGCCUGUGCUUGUUUCACGGCACCAUUGCAGCCCCUUGCAACAGGGCCUUGAGUAACCGGAUGCAUCUUUAAGGUCCCUGCCAGCCCCAGCCAUUCUAUGAAGGCAGGUUGCCAGCAUCGGGGCUGGGGCAGAAGGGGGCCCCAGGCAGAGGGGGAGAUUUGAGAAUGGCUAUGAGGGGACGCGCAACCCAUGGCUUCGCACUCCCAACCCUCCUGCCAGGCCGAGAGCAGCAUUUCAGUGGAAGCCCCUGGGCAACCCUCUCGCAAAGCAUCCUCCUCACAAGGCACGAGUAACAGGGUAGAGGUUAAGGCAGAAGCAGCAAGUCCAGGCCAAGCUUGCUGAUGCGCAAGCACUUUCUAACUCUGGACAGUGGAAAAUCCUCCAGUUUUCUGUGCAGGGGACAGAUCUGAUAUAAGGUGCCCAUCCCUGCUCCUGUGCUGCAUCACCUUCACUUGGCAUGAAGGACAAACUGUCCCCUCCCAUGUCCUCCUCUCCCUGAGAAACAAACACCAUCCCAUCUUGGGCUCUCCCUCAUGCACCCUUACCAAGCAGGGCGCUUAUAAAACCAUGCAACUGCACCCAAUACCUGCAUUUGACUAACAACCUCUGCCUGCAAGAUACCGUGUUUGGGGAGAUGUUUUCAUCGUGAGCCCAGGCAGCAGUGCGUGCAGACACGCUGCAAAUAUGUUUGCAUUCACACACAUACAAACAUACACCCACACAGUGUUUAAGCAAGGGACGUGAUGUCCUUGCUUUUAUUCCUAGGGUACAUCACCACCUACGGUUGAAGGGGUGGAGUGAGGGCUCUGCAGCUGCAGCGCUGUGCUGGGUGAUGGGAAAUCCCAAGAGCAGCUCGUGGUGGCUUUUGGUGCUUCUGAACCACUCGAGCUUCUUCCUGUCCAUUUAAAUAAGGUGGCACAUUCAACACCACCCUAAAGGGCUUCACCUGCGUGACUCAACAGGACACUGCCAGAUCCUGCUCAUUAGCAAAGCAACUGUCAGAAAGCAAAAGCACAGUCAUGAAAGAUGCCUUCAUACUCCCCCUCAAAACCAGACAGAAGUGAGGAAGCAUUAUAAAGGCACAUUCCCAUCCUGUGCCAAGUCUGCUUUGAAGGUCCAUGUGCUUCCGCGCUAGCAUUUCAGGGGAUUAGAAACAAACAAAAAAACCCUUCCCCCCAAAACACCCAAGACUCCUGGUAGCAUGAAAGGGGGAAAAAAGCAAGCAAGUAAAAGUCCCACAGAAUUAGCAGGACUGAACUCACCUCUAGGUUUGCUUGCAUGUGCAAUUGUCUGUAAGUUUAAUAUCAAAUACUACACGGCAGUCAAAAAUUAGAAAAGCUUCGUAUUUCCUACAUCUAGCUGUGUACAGCAGAGAAUUUGGGUUCUCAAGAGGCAAAUGAAGUGCUUUCCCUAGAGGAUUUUUUGAUGAAUACAGUGUUUCUGUAGCUGUCUGCUGUCAACAGUUUUUAAUCGAUCAUCGUUACCUUGCAAUAAUAAUUCCCGGGAGCAGGAACUAGUCGAUCAAGCACUCUAUUAUUAAAUUAAAAGGCUGCUUCAAAGAUUUAAAGUGAUUGAGGCUCAGGUUAGCAGGUAAAAAGCGGCACUGGCUCAAGGAGAUGCAGGGAAAAGAAAGAUACAUAGGAGGCAUUUUCCCAGGUGUAACUCGACUGGUUCCCAGCUAUUGUUUUCCUCCCUGGGAAUCUGUGCAAAUUGAGCACGGAGCCAUGCAAGCUGCUCAGAGCGCGCCCAUUUUGCUUCCCUCCUUCCUUAACAAAAGAUCCCUACAAAGCAAAGCUUUGGAGGCUGGACAUCUGUCGCCGUUUGGGGGGGCCGGCGUGGUCAUUGAAAAGAUGCAGUGACCUGUCAGCUUUGAUUGAUGGCCACAAACCUCUGGGCUCGACCCCUCGUGUGGGAAAAGAAGUCCCGCCAAGGCAAGUCCCCUUUCACAUGCUAAUUCUGGGUUAUAAAUACAGCAGAGGAGCAGAGGAGAGGCAAAGAGCCCGUCGGGACAGGGAGCGACCUACUGCCCGAGUGCCUCCUCCGCGUCCCCGUCCUCGCAGCGUCCCGGGGCGGCCAGCCUGGAUUACAAUGACCGCCGCAGCCACGGCCAGCGGCGUGCACAAGCUCUCCAGCAGCACCAAGGAGGAAAGGAAGCUAAGGAAGCCUCUCAUUGAGCGGAAGCGAAGGGAAAGGAUUAAUAACUGCUUGGACCAGCUGAAAGAGACCGUUGUGGGCGCGUUUCACCUGGAUCAGUCUAAACUCGAAAAAGCAGACAUCCUCGAAAUGACAGUCAAACACCUUCAGAACAUCCAAAACAGCAAGCUGAUGGCUGAUUCCAAAGUGGGCCUUGAAGCUCAGCAGAGGUACAGCACUGGAUACAUUCAGUGCAUGCACGAGGUCCACAACCUUCUCCUCACCUGUGAGUGGAUGGACAAGACACUUGGGGCCCGACUGUUAAACCACCUGCUGAAAUCUUUACCGAGGUCUGGUGAAGACACCUGCAAAGGAGCAUUAAGAUCUUCAAGCCCAUCUCAGCAGCCUCUCUUGACACCAAAAACCCCACUGGGCCCUAAGGGGAACUCUCCCAGCACAAAUCCAUCUCAGGAGCACUUCUACCCAGUGGAGAACAAACAGGCUUUCAAAAAUUCAUUCCAGCUGCCGUCGCUGUCGGUUUUCAGCCAGGCCGAUGCUGUGCCUCCCAGACAGGUCCUGCAGCUGAAUUUUUCCCAUAAUAACCCUAGUAUGGGGUCAUUAGAUAUGUGGAGACCAUGGUAAAAUGUGUUUUCAAAUGUUUAUCCUAACCUUAGACACUUAUGUAUGUAUCUUAUAGAUAUGUUUCUUUAAAACACUUGUGGAACAAGUCUGUUCCUGUAGGUGUACUAAAGACCAGGGUACUUCAAG